AUGUACCACAAAGGGGUAAUUGAGGGUUACCCUCUUCAGGCUUAUGCGUCCGCACUCCUGUUCAGUUCUAUAGGUAGUCUAAUUAGACAGCUGUUCCAGCACGAAGAACUAGACACGCUCGAGGGCCAUAGUGAUUGGGUUAGCUUGGUGGCCUUCUCGCACGACUCGACCCGGCUGGCGUCGGCGUCUGAAGACAGUACUGUUAAGGUGUGGGAUACGAGUAGCGGCGCAUGUCUGCAGACGCUCGAGGGCUAUAGAAGUUGGGUCAGCUCUGUGGCCUUCUUGCACGACUCGACCCGGCUGGCGUUGGCGUCUGACGACAGGACCGUCAAGGUGUGGGAUGCGAGCAGCGGCGCGUGUCUGCAGACGCUCAACGCUGGCAGAACUCUCUACAACCUGUCUUUUGAUCGUGACGGUUCUCGCCUCUUGACUGAAAUAGACACUUUCGACAUUCAGAGCACGGAGGCUUCCAGCACGAUAGAUCUUGCAAAACCCGCCCGCCCUAUACACCUAAAGACUGGCUUUAGCUCAGACGGCAUGUGGAUCCAGAAUGUUGGUAACAACAUGCUAUGGGUACCAUCAGAAUAUCGACCGUCGUGUUCGUCUGUGUGUGGGACCAUGGUUGGUGUAGGUGUUGGGUCUGGAAGAGUGUGGAUUUGUGGUAUAGCCCUUUAA